AUGGGUUUGCCGCGUUUCUCCCUGAAGAGAUACUUUUUCUACGUGCUAUGUCUAACGGGCACGUUGCUCGUCCUGCUAAAUCUCCUGCAGGACGAGAUAUGGCACAGCAUGCGGCCGCAUCCCGGCCAGCCGCAGUCCGUUCGAGCUAUUGGAGACGGACCGAAGAUGAAACCCGAUUGGCCUUUGAAAUCGAAGAAGCCGACGAUGCGAGUAUUACGCACUCGGGAGCGAGUGAAGAAAAGACUUUCGUCCGAGGCAUUGAAUACAAAUGGAACCGCGAGUUUGGGCGAAAACUCGAUAGAUCUGGAUCCAUCAAAAAGGCCUUGGUAUAUGAAAGGAGGAACCAGAAGACCUUAUCCAGCGAUAAGAACUCGCAGUACUGGUCGAAGAUUGGCUCAAUUGUGGCCGGAGGAAGAUGCUUACGAUGAUCGUGUGACUAAUCAGCUAAUGUUCGUGCCACCUGAUUACAAUAGAACAGGCGGUGAACUUUCAUUGAAGAAGAUAAUGAUUCCUCACGGGAUGGCCGAAGCCAAAGUCGGUCCUGACAUAUUCUUCCAGCAACGCUGUCCCGUGAAUACUUGCACGAUCGUUCGCGACAAUCCGGACGACGCCGAUCUCAUUCUAUUUAAGGAUUACAUCACGCACGUGGGACGAAGGUCUUACAAUCAGGUGUGGAUGCUGUAUUUUUUAGAAUGUCCUUAUCACACGCAAAGCGUAAAGAACGCCUUUGUCAAUUGGACUGCCACAUAUCGGCGUGACAGCGACAUAGUGGCACCUUAUGAAAGGUGGCAAUAUUAUGAUUCCAGUGUUACACAGAUUCCACAAACGUUUAAUUACGCAGCAAACAAAACGAAAAAGGUCGCCUGGUUCGUUUCCAACUGCCAUCCCCGAAAUCAGCGCAUGCAUUAUGCCAGGGAACUCUCGAAAUACAUCCAAGUAGACAUUUACGGUGCGUGCGGCAGCCUACGCUGUCCGCGGUCCCAGUCGCAAACAUGCUUCGACAUGCUCGAUGAGGACUACAAGUUCUAUCUCGCGUUCGAGAAUUCCAACUGCAAAGACUACAUCACGGAGAAGUUCUUCGUUAACGGACUCGGGCACAACGUUUUGCCCAUCGUGAUGGGCGCCCAUCCGACAGAUUACGCGCACAGCGCGCCAUAUCGCUCCUACAUUCACGUGGACGAAUUCGAGUCGCCGAAGGAGCUCGCCGAGUAUCUGCAUCGGCUGGAUCGCGACGACGAGUUGUACAACUCGUACUUUCGCUGGAAGGGCACCGGCGAGUUCAUCAACACGUACUUCUGGUGUCGGGUGUGUGCCAUGCUGCACGACGACCGUCCGCCAAAGUAUUACAAGGACGUGAACGAGUGGUGGCGAGGGGACGGCGUGUGCACGACCACUUCAUGGAGGGAACACGACCUCGGACAUUUACAAAACACCUGAAGAGGCAAAAUCGCCCCGGGAAUACGUUUAAAGGGCUCUUCCGGCGGCCACGGGGAGUUCCGUGCGUGCGUGCGUCCGCCCACGACACGUUGCUCAAUUUCUACAAACGAUUCCGAUUCUUCCAAAACAGAACAUUGUUUGAGUCUAACUGACAGGCAGCCGGAAGUUUCAGAGAAACGUAUAUUAAGCAUCUAAGUGGGUUGCUCGAAGCGGAUCGCGACCGAUCGAAGAUGCUAGAUCGAUCGCAAAGUUCCGACGAGAACGAAAAGUUCCGAUCUCGCACGAUCUCGUUUCGCGAACGCUCGAGCCGCUCUGGAGAAGGUAUUAAUAAGAUCCUCGCCGGCGAAGGCAUCACGCGAUUUUUCAUCACUCGACUGCUUUCAGGGGCACUCGAAAAGUUACGACUCGGAUACGAAGCUUCGCGUCGUUGCGUAAAUGAAAUACGAAAUGGUUUUCGCUUGAUCGGCAAUCGAGAUAAAUGGAUAAACGGCGAGGCAGAGAAAUCUUUCAAGGUCUAAAUGAGAAUGCUAGUUUGCGAGGAGGAUCGCACGCGAAUUUUUUCAAGGAGGGCAAUCUGUGUGCCUAAUUGUCGAAUCUUCCAAAACAAUGUUUCUAUACACUCUUUUUUCGGACGCUAAACAGAGAAUCGAGGCGAGAAAUGAUUUUAUGAGGAUAAUCACGACAAACUCCUGCUCUCUAAAUCGGAAUCAGUGUAUUAUUCACCGGAAGACAGUGACUAGUCUGAUUUCAGUGCUAUAUUUAUAAUUAUAUUAACGAUUCGAUGACGCGUGGCUCCGUGUGAAAACGGUCGACUCAACAAGCCCCGGAUUCGAUUGUCGUAUAUAUAUUUUUCAAGACUGCGUUAGAACCUGGAGACCUGGGAAUGUACCUGGCCUAAGGGACUAGAGCUGUAUUAAGAUCUAAGAAGCUAGGGCUGUUCAAGCCUAAGAACUUAGGUCUAUGUCAAGCUUAAAAGAAACCUAGGAGGUCUGUUAAACCCAGGGCUCCUAUCAAGGUUUGGAUUAAGCAUAAACGUAUUCUUCUGAUAAGCAUAUUCUUCUUUGACAACCUUUGGAUUUCCGGUUCGUGUGAUGAAUCGCAAUGGUUUAGGAAGAAAACUUAGCGGGAGUCACAGAAAUUAUUUAUAUCUAGGUGACGUCUGGGAACUGAUGUAGUUCUACCCGCUUCCAUUACUAUACUAUUAUUACUGCUAUUUGCUACUACUACUACUAUUACUACUACUACUACUGUAACUAUAUCAAUUAGUGAUAUAUGGUUUUCUUUCAGUGAUAAUAGACUGAUUUCGAUCAAUGAGAGUAUCCCCUCGGAAUCAUUGAAAAACAGUGACUGAUAAUUACAAUUAUAAUUAUAACACUGCAAAUUAGUAAGAUUUCACUGAUUCAGAUUUAGAGUGAGAGGUCAUUUUACUUAUUAUCAUAGCGGAAUUCAUUUAAAAUUUUGCGAUGUACAUAGAAAUUGAGGAAAAAUUCCAGUAGGCGUACGAAAGGCACCGUAAAAUAAUGCAAUACGUAUCACGAGAAUAAAGUGCAAUAUGCGUUUGUCCCAGAGGGUCCGAUUCUUACUGCAUAUUUAGUAGUGAACUGCCUAUAAUCCUAAGUUGCAUGGGUAAUUUAAAAAGUACAUACAAAAUGCAUUCGAAAAGAAGAAUUAGGAUCACGUUUGCUAUUAAAUGUGCAAUGGGAGUAUACGGGUUAGUAUGUGUGUAUGGGAUGACUCAGAAUGAUCACCGGAUGAUCUUCGAACUACAUGUACUAAAGGACCAAUUACGAAAGUAGUGAUUUAAAAAAAAGCAUUAAUCAGCAUUGAAAAUUAUGAUGUUAAUUAGUAAUAAAAAUUAAGCAUAUCUAAUUAAAUUAGUCUUUGACUAUAAAUAAAUAAUAAAAUGUCAUUUUCUUCAAUUAAUUUGAUUUUGAUUAAAUCAAAUUUUUUAUUUUAUACAAAUUUAAAGUGAAACUUAAUUAUGUCAGUAAUUAUAACGUUAAAAAGUAAAAUCAUACCAAAAACUUUGUUGGGAAUCAUUUACAAAUUUAUCUCGAGAACGGUAGUUGGAAGGACAAUCGGUGGAGAGAUAUUUAAAACAUGCUAGAUAAAUAAUUACAAUCUGGUAAAUGAGAGAAAAUGAACUGCAAGGUUUGCGCGUAACUUAAUCCUAGAACGCUAACGUCAUUGAAUAAUAUAUUUAUUUGUAAUAUAAUGUUAUAAUUUAAUGAUGUUUAUAAUAUUUAUAAUAUUUACUGAUAUUUAUAAUCUAGACUUUUAUAAACCCAAAUAACCUUAUUAUUUAUUAAAGAGGAAAGAAAGAAUAAAAGCAUGUUAUCAAAUUCAGUCUGCAAGCUACACAUCAAAUUUAUGUACGAUAAUGUUCUAGGAUUAAAAAAAAAAAAAAAAAACAGUGACGUCUACAAUCGAAUGUUGUAAAUUAUGUAUUGCUUAGUAAAGCAAUUUGUGAGCUUUUGUCGAAGAGAAAAAGAAGGUUCGUAGUCGUGUAGUUGCUUUUUGUAGAGUGAGAAUUACUGUUCAGUAUUUAAUUAUUAGUGUUCUUUCUUGCGAAUUCUGCGAGGGGAUCUUAUCAUUGUAUACGUUGUAGACAAAAAAAUUCAUGUGCAUUCAGAUUACGUGUAAAAAUUUUACUUUUCCGCGACAAUAAUUAUAUACAAUAGUAUAUAAUUUCCUAUAUAUUAUACUUACACAUUUGUGUACUCCCACUUGUAAAAUUGGCAGAGUGCAGGAUUUGUAAUAGGAUUGAUGAGGUUCUUGGAUGUAAUUAGCACAAGAGUUAUUGUAUAUUUAAAAAAUAACUUGCAUUUAUAUUUUUGUUAAAAAAAAAUGUAUGUAUUUAUAUAUUUUGCGAAACACACAAAGUGCAUUUAUUUUUGAGCUACGUAAUAUUUAUGGAGCAUACAAAGAAUAUUGCUCACGCAAUAACAUCACGUGAGUUUAAGAAAUAUUUAAGGGUCUUUGAGUGCACACGAAUUUUGUUAUUUAAUAAGUCGUUUCGUCGAUGUUCGCAGAAUCUAGUCAAGAAGAAGCUCAGUGAAGUAUUUUCGAAUAUAAUUUAUAUUGGAACCAUAAGUUCGUUCGGUUUUGUCACUAAAUUGUGCACUCCGAUGUUCUUCUAUCUAUUAAUUCUAAAUAAAAAAAAAAGAAUGACAUUUCAACGCACAUUAGAUAAAUUGCAAACAAUUCAAUACGAUUCUUUUGGCAGCAGUUUAAAAAUGGAAAUAAUGUGUUUUAUCUGUAUGUACUUUUUUUAUUCCUAUCGUAAAGACAAUACACGGUAAACUUAAAAAUAUAUAUAUACGGAGAGAGGAUGUCGUAAUCGAAUUAUGUGUUAGAAAUGGUUUAUCAAAUUUCGUUUACGAGAAAUGGAUCACCAUACAGAGAAGCUCAACAUUGGAAAAACUGUUGCGAAGCAUUUACUUAUUUGUUAUUUUGCUUUUGAUUUUCAUUCAAGAAACCAAACGAACUUCUGAUUCCACUGAAUAAUAGUAUUAUAUACAGCAAGUACCUGUUUCAAGUAAUUCCUAUUAUAUUUGUUCUUUUUAAUUGAAUUGUUCUUAAAAUGAAUCAAUUGUUUGUGCACAGCACGUAUCGUCGUACACGACGUAAUCAUGUUCACUUCGGCUAGUGUCAAUUCGAAAACAACGACUUGCGGUUUGAACACUAGUCUAGCUCAAACGUAGCUCAAACUUGGACAAAUUUGGUCCAGAGAAAAGACAGAGGCACCGAAAAAAACGAAAGCGAAGCGCAAAAUAUAUAUUUGAAACGCACGAAAUGUAAACACACACACGUAAAAUUACAAUUUAGUCACCUCGAGGCAAGUUUUAACCACCGAUCUCGAACGGUUCCUACAUUAUGAACUACUCACAGUGCGCACAAGCAGUAACUAGAUAUUUAGAUAAAUAACUAAUUAAAUGAUUAGUCGAAGUCGACUAUACAAAUUGACACCGAAAAGAUGCGCAUAUCUCGAAUAUUUGUAUAAUUGUUUCCUUUUUUUAUAGUUGCAUUCAUAGUCCAAGUUAAAUUUACGUAAAUAAGUUCUCUCUAUUUUAAAUAGAUAUAUUACAUUUUAAAGAUUAUUUUAAUAUUGAUUAAUGUGCUUUAAUAAAAGUUACUUAAAUUAAUUACGUAAAUCGGGAUUUAAUCAGCUGCACGCGAAAAGGCUGUAUUCGUAUCUGAUAUUAUAAUGUUAAGUUGAAAAUUUAUUGUUUAUGUUAUAUAAAUCUGUCAGAUGUCUUUUUGUAAAUACGUAACUUGGUAUUCCCGUUAAUUUGUACACGUUUUUGACAUCAAUCAAAAACGCAGCAGAACAGCGAACUCUGGCUGUAACGAAGUUUCUUAAUUGCAUUGUUAGGUUUAUUAGCGAUUGGUGCUGCCUGUAACGAUUGGUGCUGCUGUACGACGUAUAUAAGAUGUGUGUACGUCGACGACGAACUCCUGAUUCAAGCGGCCAGUGUAGACCCAAAUAUAAGUACCAAACCUUAGAUUUAUGUGUAGACAGCGAAAAGAGCGCGAGAGAAUAACGCACGCUCGAUGUCGAGAUAUAUCUAUGGCGAAAUAUGUGAUAAAUGUUUUUUGAGCAUACCGUCGAUGUUAGAUUCCCUCAAUGUGCGCAAAUCAUAGGACGACAAUCGAGAAAUUGCUAAAACUAAAUAACUGUUAUUUCGUAACGAAUGGGUGAAAGGGAAUUAAUUAAAUGCAGAGGAAACUCGUCAUUUUUAUUAGCACAUAAUGUAAAAAAUAUUUAAUAAACAUAUAAAAAUAAAUAUAAAAAUUUUUAACAGGAGAUUUCAAUUGAUGAUAUAAAGAAUUUCAAUAAAUAUUUACCUGGAAUUUUUUGGAAAGACAUAAUUACAAUUAUUAAUGUUAAAAAAUGUAUUUAAUUGUCUUUGAAAACACAUCUCGGUUACUGCGAUUAUCUGAAUUCUUGGUGCUUUUUUAUAAUAUUUUUUUUUAUAAGUUUACAUAUUGUACUCCUGCAGGAAAAAUGACACACGAGUCGAAAAUUUUCAAAUUUCGUAGGUAUUAUGUGUGGAUUGUAUUUUAAAUGCAUUAGCCUUUAAUCAGGAAAAACGAUCCGAAUUAAAAUAAAAUACAAAAAAACCAGAGUGACACAAAUCGAAAGGGAUAGUUUUUAGAGGUCUAACAUAACAUUAUAAUAAAAUUAAUAUAUCUAUAUUAAUAUUUAUUUUUAGAGAAUUUGAAAUAAGCAAUUUGUAAAUUAUUUAACUUUUGUUUAAUACUACCGUAGAUAAUUAAUUUUAAAAUAAGCAAUUUCCUUUUUUCUCCCAAUCAAAGUCUAUUUUUGAUUUGUCACUUUUCUUGCAGAGAUGCGAUGUAUAAUUUUUCUUUUGUAUUAUAUUCUAACAAAAGUAAGGCAUUUCUUUUAGAGUAUAUAGUGUUUAAUUUAUUUCAUUCACUCUCUCAAAUACAUUACAAAAUAACGAUUUAAUUUCAGCAAUUUCUCCAUUAUCACUCUGUAUUACAACCGUUUCUAAAGCGACACAACUCGAUCAAUAUUUUUGUCCGCCCCAAAUUCAACGAUAGAUACGAGAUGUUAUUACUUAUUCUCUCGGCGAUUGCCCGUUGUCAGUCCCUAGAUAGCACGACGAUUUGUAAAUAGUAGCGUGUACGAAGGUCAUGAUACUCCCGUAAUGUAAAGAGAAAGAAACACGUCACCGCAUGUAACAUUGAAUAUGUCGAUCGUCGUAGAUAAUAAGGCUACGCGCGAGACAGUAUUCGCCUCGGCGAAACGUGAAAUCGGUUCAAGUUCAAUCGCAGCUUCGAAAUAGGUGUUAUUAUUCCGUACGUAAUGUCGGAAAAUCGAUAUCGAAGUCUGAGAAUGUAUUCAACCCAUAUAUUCCCACGUAUUCAAUGCACAAUGCUGCGCGACCCGACUUUGCGUUCGAAAUCGUAGUCUUGACGCGUACGGUUAAACGAUAUUUUGAAAUCAAUUGUUCCGACGCGUCGCGACGUAACGAUUAUUUGGACCGAUCUCACGUAUCGAUUUCGGAAUCAAGUACUAUUUCGCACAGCUCUAGUAGAUAAUGCAUUUGAAUCAAUACUGAAAAUUUGUAGAUAAAAACGUGACAGAUAACGUGGCUCGUUUUGGACGCAGACGCGCCCAAAUUUAUUAUUAUUAUUUUUUUUUAAUCGAACGUCGUGCCUGCUCUCAACGAGCCACGAUUAGUGCCAUAAUGUCGUAAGAUCGUAAAAAAUUAAUCAAAAAUCGUGUCAUUGUCUUAACGUCCAUGCACACAUCAAUUUUCCGUAGUCAAACGCGGCGGAAAAUUCACGCAUUGGUUCCACAUAAUUUUUCAGAUUUACAUUUGCGCAUGUGAAAAUUAAUUAUUACACGGAAAGAGUAAUUUUGCUAAAGUAUUUAAAAGUUUAGUUGGAUACAGAUCUGAAAAUAAUUUUGUUCGGCCAUCAAAAUAAUUAUUGUUGGACUCCCAAACUGAUUGCUAGAAUGUUAAAAGUUUUUUACAGCUCUGCUCAUCACGUUUGAACAUCCGUCAUAAUUAUUUUGAUGGUCCAAUAAAAUUAUUCUCAGGUCCUUAUCCAGCUGAAUGUUUAGAUACUUUGGCAAAAUCGUUCUUUCCAUACGUGAAAACUCGUCGAAAAGCAAUCGCUCGUAACGUUUCGUUGACAGAGUCAAAUUUAUCUACAAAGGUUUACGUACGGUACUUAUUUUUUUACGCGAUGAGUCCCAUUUCGUAAAGAGGCUCAUUCCGUGGCUUAUUUUUUCUCUAAUGAUAUCGAUAUUUCUCCAAAAUGUCCGACGGAAUCCGCCGUGGUUUUCGUAAUUUUUCAAACUUGCGGUGUCCUACUGAGCGCAGCAAUAUUAAGUUUCAUGUGUUCAUACAGUCUACAUCUAGGUUUUUGCGCAUUCCUGACCUAAGAAAUAAAAAACGAAUACUAUUCUUAA